AUGUUCCAGCUCUCAAUCAAGUGUCUUAUAAAUUUUUGUGCAAAUGAAGUUCUUGCACUUCAACUUUUUAAUUCCUGUGAUGAACAACGAAGAGAAAAGUUCCUUGGUGCCCUUAUCUCGUUGACCUUGUCUGAUGCCGAAGGGGACAUCAAGACAUUAACAUCAUCACUACUCGUGAACCUGACGGUAGUUUCGGAAUGGGCAGCCGCACUGUGCGACAAAUCCUACGUAACCUCGAUUUACAAAAAAGUAGCAACGAAGCGCAAGCCAUCACGCACAGAGCUCCAGUGUAUAUGCGAUGAGCUAGACUGUCUGUCGCUCCUCGUCUGUCUUCUACGCGAGCUCAACGAUGCUUCCUCACGCCUGUCCAUCGCGGGCAUUGUGAAGAAUUGCUGCUUUGAAGAAAGGUAUCACGGCAAAAUUUGUUCCGAUGAAGAGGAUAUUUUGUGCAACCUGUUGGUUGUUCUCUGUGGUCCAGAAGAUAACAUCGACGCAGACGACCUCCUAAAUCUUCCUCCUCUCAUCCGUGAGGCGUACCAUAGUCAAACAGUGAAACGGGAAUCAGACACUUCGGUGAAAUUCACGAUUUGUGAAGCCCUGAUGCAACUGUGUUCAACAGAGGUCGGUCGAUCACACCUCAGGCGUCUACGUGCGUACUUCAUUCUACGCGAGCUUCAUCGCCACGAAUGUGCUGUUGAAGGUCGCAUCGCCGAUGCUCAAAAGGAACAAAAACGGGUUCAAAGAAUACUGAUCUUCACCAUUGAGCAAAUUGUGGACCAGCUUCUUUGCGAGGAGGCAGACCGUCCGCGUGGACUAAGGAGCCUUCGCGAUGUCUCCGUCGACGCGGAGGUGCAAAAUCGCCUCGAAAAGGCUAAAGACGACUACUUGAAUGUGGCUUAG